AUGUCAGGUCAUACGGGAUCCUCGACCUCGGGCCGCUCGCCGGACGAACUCCCGAUGGCCCCAUCGAUGGAUAUCACGGCUGUGUAUGUGGGUAAUCUGCCCCCCAAUACCUUCUUGCUGGACAUUGUGCCGCACUUUCGUGCCUUUGGCAAUGUGCUUUCGGCACAAAUCUUUCAAGAUCGCCACUUUGCGUUUGUCACACUCGAUACGCACGAGAGUGCGGCGCAGGUGAUCUCCCAUUACCAAUCUCGUCCGCUGGUCAUCCGCGGACGCCUUGUCAAGGUGGGCUGGGCCCGCUUUAUGCGCCAGACCGUCUGGAGUGACUCGGGAAACAAACCGCUACCUUCUCUGUCGCCAUGA